AAAAAAAACUAAGCACUAGUUAUCGCUCAACGCGUCUUUGUGCGCCCGGAACCCCCAAAUCCCUAGUCCCUAAUCGCAGGACGACGUCGGCUUCUUCCCGCUUUCUGACGCCAUCACCACACCCUCGAGUCCUUUCCGGUGAUCCCCUAUUCCGUCAUACCUUUUGGAAGCAUAGAGAAGCGGAGGUAACGCUUAUUUCUUACUCAAUCAAGCAGCAGCAAGCUCGACUGUCCAAAUUCAUGAAGUCUACAUGUGAAGUUCAGAAGUUGUCUUGCGGGAUCGUCGUUGUUGGCAAGCUUGGGCUUCGAUUUAUAUGGCGCUUUCUACAUGUACUUGUCAGCAUAUGGUAUUCCAUAUUAGCCCUGGGUAAUAAGUGUGAAAGCUUCCUGAUCUCUUCGGCAGUAUUGAAAAGCUACAAAUUAUGUAAUUUGGGAAAGCUUCAUUACCUCGCUAUCGUGAUAGAAAGCGACGAUGCUCAUCAGACUUCAAAAGUCGUUGAGCUUUUGCGGUGGUUGGAUUCUCUUGGUGUGAAGAACGUAUGCCUCUAUGACAGGAUUGGAGUGAUCAAGAAGUCUAAGAAAGCGAUUGUGCAGCAACUGAAGAUUGAGGAGGCUAAUGACGCUGACGCACUCCAUGGUCCUAAUCACAUGACUAUAGAAUUUGCUUCGUAUGCAGAUGGGAGGGAGGGAAUGACAAAGGCAGCGAACUGGAUUUUUGCUCAAAAUUUGAAGCGACAUAGUUUGGGUGACACACUUGAUGUUCAACACUUGACUGAACCUCAAUUGGAUGAGGCUCUGAGAAUUGUUGGUUACGGAGGUCAGGAACCUGACCUUUUGCUGGUCUAUGGACCUGUGAGGUGCCACCUUGGUUUUCCUGCAUGGAGAAUUAAGUACACGGAGAUUGUACACAUGGGAUCAUUGAACUCCAUGAGAUACGGUUCCUUAGUGAAGGCUAUUUAUGAUUUCACGAAGGUGCAUCAAAACUAUGGUAAAUGAGAAGGAUUUUGCUAGUUGUUGCAUAGCAUAGGUAUUUAGAAUUGUGAAGAAGAUCCCUUCCUUUUAGUAAAUUUUUAAGAUGUAACACGAUGAGAAAUGGAAUCGCCUUGUCAUAUUUCUUAUUUAAA